AUGCACCAAUGCAUCAAGAUUGGCAUCUCCCACAACUACAACAUAAGUACAACAACAACAACAGCAGCAGCAAUAACAACAACUACGGAGAUUCCUGGAACAACUGUUGUUCUGGAUCCAAUUAGCACAGACAGCCCUUUGCCGGAAACUGCCAGCACCACAACGCAGAUUUUUCCGCCACGCAAGACACAGAAGCCUCCACUCACAACAACAACUGCAGCGCCAACAACCAAAACUGUUGCAACUGUUGCAACUGCUGAAACACAGCCCUUAAAUGCCACAGAGUCGCCAAAAACACUGCCACCCUUAAAGAUUAAGAGUUUUAAUUACUGCGCCUGUGAUUUGCACAGUGAUGUUUGCGAAUUAAAUUGCUGCUGUGAUCGCGAUUGUCCUCCGGAAGCACUGCUGGUCUUUAGUUGCGCACAACCAGCGACGGAGGAGCAACUCCGCAGGCGACUAGAGGACUUUCAGUACAAUCAUGGGCUAUCCACUUGCCAGCUCAACGAUGGCUGGCUGUGCGUCUUUCGCAGCAACUCAAAACCACCCAAAAUUAAGGCUCAAAGUAACAAUUUUGAUGCCGAGCAAUACAAAAAAUGGCCAGAGCUGUUGGUUGCCUAUGAGUCCCAGUUGCCACUUGCCACACAAUUCACGGCUCACUACAAAUACGGAGAAGCGUUACAGCUUUGGCAGCCGGAUAGCAAAACUGUUUCCUACUUCGAGCUGCCAAUUGGAUACGAGAGCGCCAGUUGCCAAUUGAAGCGAACAUUGUUGCACUUGCAACCAAUGCACAGCAGCUGCCUCAUGAGCGAUGCCUCGCAGCUGCAGCUGAAUCUGUGGACGCUGCUCAAUCUCACAAACAGCCACCAGUUGCUGUCCAAGCCACGUGAACUGGAUGACCAAGAUUUGCAGGGUAUUAACAUACAAGUUUGCCAACAGCUGCUGCUGAAGCCAAAGGAGCUGUGCCUGGAGGCGAAUGAGACGGAAGUGGAUAUAUUGGUGGACAGCAUUGAGCUGCAAUUGUUGCAUAAUUAUACCCACAUUCUAGCCGCCAAAUUGCUGCUGAGGGAAGCCAACCAGCAGGACGAGAAUGAAGAGAUUUGGCUAACCUAUCAGCUGUCAUUCGAGUCGAUAAAUGCGAUCAAGGCCAAGCCCAGCUCCGGACCACUUGGCUAUGUGCAAGGAGCGCCAAUUCUUGUGACCACACUCCAAACACAAAACAACAGCAAAACGUUGCUCAGUUAUUUCCAGGGCAACGCUAGCGAGGAUCAGCAGCAGCAGCACUGGCUGACUCCUUGCUCCCCACACAACUCAGCUGCUCGUCAUGCUGUCGCCUUCGGUGUGGAUUUGGCCAGGCAAUGCCAGUUGAGUGAACUAUCGCCAGUGCAGCCGCAACUUGGCAAUCACACGGAUUACUGCCAGCACUUGCAAUCUCACAUUUGGGCGAAGCUAUUGCCGAACAAUUGCACACGUCUCGAGGAUAUUGGCCAAGUAUACAUCUCGCAGCUGGGAAGGCCACAGCUGAAUAAGUGGCUGCCACUACAGCUGAGCUAUGCGGAUGGCGGCCAACAGUUGCCACCCAUUCUGGGCUUUUACGAUGAGCAGCUGCAGUCCCUCAGCUGUCGCAACAUGCUGCUCAGCGUUAGCUAUGAGUUUUAUGUGGCAGAUCAAACGUGGCUAGAGGCGGGCCAAGUGCCCCAUCAAAGUGUGCUGCAGCAUGUGCGGCUGGUGGUGGGGCAGCGACAUGAUCUUGAAUUCGAUGCCGGUGAGCAGCAAGUGGAGCUGCCCUUGGCCGUAUCUGUCAGGUUCUUUAAGUCACAGGAUAAGCGCCUAAAUGGAUCACAUAUUGCAAUUGCCACAAAUAGUGGUCUAAUCUUCAUAAUGUUUCUUUUCUCUCUGAUGGCUGAUAAAAGUUUGCAUCUUUCUUGAAAUAUUAUUUUCUAUUUUAAUUUCUGC